AUGCACGGUGGUACGCAGCUCACACUCAACUACGUACGCCGAUACUGCUGGAUACUUGGUGGUCGCGCUCCUAUCAAGCAUCACAUUCAUCACUGCGUCACCUGCGCCAGGAUAUGCGGAAUACGCGCUCAACAACGCAUGGGACAACUUCCAGCUAGACGUGUCACACCAUCACUUGUCUUCGAACACACCGGAGUCGACUACGCAGGCCCAGUGUCUCUCAGGUUCUUCCAGGGGCGUGGCACGCGCUCAUACAAAGCGUGGAUCGCAGUGUUCGUGUGUUUUUCAACCUCUGCUGUUCACUUGGAGCUUGUCACCGAUUACACCGCCCACGGUUUCCUGAAAGCCUUCAGACGCUUCACUGCACGACGCCGCAUCUGCAAGACGCUCACCAGUGACUGCGGAACCAACUUCCAAGGCGCCUACGUCAUCCUGAAACGACUGUUUGCUGGUUCCACCAAAGAAUCAAAGCAUUUACAGCAACUCAUCGCUAAUGACGGCACCAAAUGGAAGUUUAAUCCACCAGGAGCUCCUCACAUGGGUGGCAAAUGGGAAGCUGCCGUGAAAUCCGUCAAACACCACCUCUCUCGCACCAACUCAGACAAGAUCCUCACGUACGAGGACUACUCUACGCUACUGACUCAGGUUGAAGCAGUGUUGAACUCUCGACCCCUCAGUGCUCUGUCCGAAGAUCCAGACGAUCGCAUCGCCCUUACGCCUGGACACUUCAUCCGAGGAGCAACUCUCACCACGAUACCUGAGCCAUCACUUCUCGACACGCCUCACCACCGACUAUCAAGGCUGGAAGAAAUUCAACAAAGGUUCCAACUGUUCUGGUCUCACUGGUCAGACGCCUGCCUGAAAUCUCACCAGACCAUCUCCAAGUGGAACACCACAUUCCACGACAUCAACGUCGGAUCGCUCGUCUUACUCUCAGACGAACGCUAUCCACCGUCAAAAUGGCCGUUGGGACGCGUCACGCACAUUCACCCAGGCAAAGAUGACGUGACGCGCGUCGUCACCAUCGAGACUGCUACAUCGACGUACACGAGACCUAUACUCAAGUUGGUACUCCUUCCGAUCCCGAGGCACAAGGAAGAUCUUCAAGAUGUCCCUUCAGCUUCAUCUCAACUACUUCUCCAACGAGCGGAGAAGGGGGGAGAAUGUUCAAAUCUCCCUUUCUUGCUCCCCACCGUCAAUCGAUCUCCAGCGCCGUCGAUCGCGCUCACGCAUGGCUAA